AUGUGGUGCAGCCCGAGCGCACCCCUCCGCUCCUCCUUAUGUAGUAUACAGCGGGACACUCCGCAGUUAUCCCGUUCAUUCCCGUUGCCUUUUUACGCGCCCCGACGUCCGCAGCACAGUGAUUCAGUGAGCCCGUCUUCUCCGCACGCUGCGAGCUUUUGGAUGAAGGCUGCACUCUUUUCCUUGUGUUCCGAUGGCGAAACGCCGCUGCUUCUGACCCGGUGAUCGUUUUUAGAGGAAGAUAUUCACGUUUUUCCCCUCCGCUCCUUCUUUUCUCGACUCGUUUUCAACAAAAUGUGGGACGCGCGUUCUCAGCGCGGCGUCCGCCGUGUGCUCUGCUCGGUCUUGUCCGCUUGACUGAAGGGGGAUCCCGGCUCCCUUUUUCAUCCGCUACUCCCCGAGGAACAAGAGGAGUUUGCAUGCAAAAGGUGGUUUAUCUCAGCAAGCCAUGGAGGGACUUCCCUAAAGAGGAUCCACCAUAAUUCUAAAUUUUUUUCCAUUUUCCUUUUUUCCUCCCGUCAUCAUAAUAUCUUCCCCCAAUCAGUCUCCCUUUCCAUCAUCAUGGCUGAGAAGCUUGGACCAGCAGGGCCGAAGCCCACCAACACCCGGACUGCUCCCUCCCUGCCCCCCGAGCCCAUCGACAUCAUCCGCACCAAAGCUCGAUCCCGCAGAGUCCGCCUUAACAUUGGGGGUCUGAACCAUGAGGUCUUGUGGCGGACCCUGGACCGUCUACCCAGGACCCGGCUCGGCAAGCUUCGAGACUGCAACACCCAUGAGUCCCUGAUGGAAGUCUGCGAUGACUACAGCCUGAACGAAAACGAAUACUUCUUUGACCGGCACCCGGGAGCCUUCACCUCCAUUCUUAACUUUUACCGCACAGGCAAGUUGCACAUGAUGGAGGAGAUGUGCGCCCUUUCGUUUGGCCAGGAGUUAGACUACUGGGGGAUUGACGAGAUCUACCUGGAGUCCUGCUGCCAGGCCCGUUACCACCAGAAGAAAGAGCAGAUGAACGAGGAGCUGCGGAGGGAGGCAGAGACAAUGAGGGAGAGGGAAGGAGAGGGAGAGUUUGAUAACACCUGCUGCCCAGACAAGAGGAAGAAGCUGUGGGAUCUCCUGGAGAAGCCCAGCUCCUCUGUGGCUGCCAAGAUUCUUGCCAUCAUCUCGAUCCUGUUCAUCGUCCUCUCCACCAUCGCUCUGUCUCUCAACACCUUACCACAUCUUCAGGUCAUAGACGAGUUCGGCCAGGCCAACGACAACCCCCAGCUGGCGCACGUGGAAGCUGUGUGCAUUGCCUGGUUCACCAUGGAGUACCUUCUUCGCUUCCUCUCCUCUCCUAAUAAGUGGAAGUUCUUCAAAGGUCCUCUCAAUGUCAUUGACUUGCUGGCAAUUCUGCCGUACUAUGUCACCAUCUUCCUAACUGAGUCCAACAAGAGCGUGCUGCAGUUUCAAAAUGUGCGCCGUGUGGUGCAGAUAUUCAGGAUCAUGAGAAUAUUGAGGAUCCUGAAGUUGGCCAGGCACUCCACAGGGCUCCAGUCUCUUGGGUUUACUUUGAGAAGGAGCUACAAUGAACUGGGGCUGCUUAUUUUAUUUCUUGCCAUGGGCAUCAUGAUAUUUUCCAGCUUGGUCUUCUUUGCUGAGAAAGAUGAAGAUGCCACCAAAUUCACCAGUAUCCCAGCAUCAUUCUGGUGGGCAACCAUUACAAUGACCACAGUGGGAUAUGGUGACAUUUAUCCACAGACUUUACUUGGAAAAAUUGUGGGUGGGCUCUGCUGCAUUGCAGGAGUGCUGGUCAUUGCCCUACCCAUCCCCAUCAUUGUCAACAACUUCUCUGAGUUCUACAAGGAGCAGAAGAGGCAGGAGAAGGCCAUCAAGAGGAGAGAGGCACUGGAGAGAGCCAAGAGAAAUGGCAGCAUCGUAUCAAUGAAUCUAAAAGAUGCCUUUGCCCGCAGUAUGGAAUUGAUGGAUGUGGUGGUAGACAAAGGAGUGGACAAAACCUCCCUGGACAACCACCUGUCGCCUGGCCGCUGGGGCGGCUCCACCAGGCUCGCCAGCUCUGAAACUAACCUAAAAUCCCCAGAUAAAAGAAACCCAGAGUCUCUGCUGCAGAGCUCUCCUCAUCGUAUAACCAUCACCACCACUGGAAGUCCCCAGCGGACAAGCAGGACCCCACAGCACCUCAACGCGCAGAAAUUGGAGGAAAUGUACAACCAGAUGACAAAGUCGCAGUCCUUCACUAAUCUCAACACUACAAGCUCCGUGAGCACUCUGAGCACAACCAUGACUGGCCCUGUCUCACCUAAGAAAUCUUACAGCCCUGAAUUUACAUUAAAAGAGGAAGUAGAGCUGGAGAUGAAGGAGGUCCAACCCUCCUCAUCUGAUAACUUUGCGAGCUGCUCAGCAGACUUUAAACAACAAAGCUCUGACUCAGGUGAGAAAGAAGCUGCGCCCAGUAAAAUCAGGCACCCCAGGGCGCCACCCAAUCUGGAUCUGAGGCACCUGAGGGCCAGUGAUGACCACAGCUCUAUUGGCAUCGUAAAAGAUGGUCUCUAUAAAUCUGUGAACCCCCACGAUGGAUCACAGCUCCACAUAGAGGAAGGAGAGAGUUUUAACAGAGCUGUGGAGAACAUCCAGAGCUCUUCAGCAGGAAAUAAUCCACUUAAAAUAAAGGGGUUGAUGGUCAACUUCACCAAAACCUCAGCUGAAGGCCCGCUAACACCGCCCAGCACUACCUCUCCCGGAGACAUCAGCUCCAGCAUCCUGGAAGAUGAGUCCCCUGAGGGUGAGAUGUCGCCACUCAUCCCCAGUUCACAAGAACUGCUCCCAGUCGCAGAGAAAGAGACCUGCCCGUUGUCCCCGAAGAGGCUGGUAGUAGACACCCCACCCGGCGAUGAAGAUCAGUCCACAGAGAACCAUGAGGAGAGGCAUCUGAUGGAGGUGGCGGCCGCUGCAGUCGCACCGCUGUCACCUAAGACAUCAGCACAAAAUUCCACCCAAGGUGUGGUUGCGGCAGGUGAGGAAGUCAAGGCUGACAGCAACCAAAGUGGACACAAAGUAGAGAACCACAUGUUUACAUCCGAUAUCCACCUGAUACCUGGGGAUGGCAGCCCGUCUCCGACCUGUGAAACCAGCAUGUGACUGUGAGAGAAGCUCUGAGGGACAAUAGACCCACUGCAACCUCAGCCACGUGUGUGGGAGAGCGGGAAAAACAGACAAGGGUGCUGUUGUAGUGACAGAUAUUUUUGCAUGGCAUGACAAGUCCCUUUUACUUGUGUUGUUGCGUAUCGCUGAAAAAGAAACUGCGGUGCUUUGUGCAGGUUUGAGAAUGACUUUGGGAGAAACAGUGGGCUCAGAGAGGAGGCUCCUGAAAAACAGAGGGAAUUCAUCAACUUAUGUAGACACUUUGGUCCUCCAAAUGUACAAAAUGACAGGCUCCUUUUUCUAGCAAAAGAAGGAAAUGCACAGAGACUCAAGUGUAAAAAAAGCAUGCAUUUAAAAAAGACAGAUAUUUUACGGUGCUUAGUUUACUGAAAGCGCUCCUCUGUAAAUACUAGGACAUCUAAGGCAAUGACAAUGCACAGGAUGGCAAAGGAAAACUGUCACUGAACGUACAAAUAUUUGCAAUGUGAAAAGGGAAGGGAGGGGGAUAACCAAGAGCCCUCAGACUGGGUGUUGCAUCGUAGCGACCUAUUAAAAAAAACAUAUCAUUACCUUUUGUGGAAAUGCAAAGUGUUCCCAUGAUGACCCUGUAAUGUUUUUUCGUGUGAAAAAUGAUGUAACUGAAACUGUAACGUUGACAUUAUUGCUUUUGGUUUUCAUAACGGCUGUUGAACUUUUAGUUGAGCAUCUGAUAUUCAGUCUUUGAAUUAAUGACAGCGAACAGGUAGGACAAGAACACCUUGACUCCUCUAAAUACAUCUGUAGUUGCCAAAUAUGUAACCAGUAAGGACAGGAACUAUCACACUUUUGAAAAUAUUUAUCAUGCGGUUUCGCACGUUAGGAUGAGGUUUAAGAUUCUGUCCAAAACAAAACACAAAAAUAAAUCUUAUUUACUCUCUGACUUAAGAUAUAUACAUCUAAAAGUAGUUUUAAGAAUAAAAUAAGUAGAUCUGAAUGUAGAAAAAUUCUACAGUAGAAAAACAAGAUUCCAUUAAAACAGAGUUAAGACUAUUUAUUAAUUCAGCACAGUAGAUCUGGUCAUAAACACAUUCACAUAUAUACUCUACAAUUAUGUCUUGGCAGUUCAAAAGGGUUAAAGUAUCACAAAAAAUGUCAAUAUUCCUUGUGAUAACAACGGACCAAAUCAAGCACACUGACAAGCUUUCAUCUAUCUCAGCUACAUAGUAACAUUUACAGUAACAACAUGUGUUCUGACAGUAGUUAUGGGGUUUUUUUGUUUGUUUGUUUGUUUGUUGUACCUUAUGGUUUGUUUACCUGUAUUGUGUUCAUUAUCCUAUCCUCAGCACCCUGAUGUCGUCGUUGACAUUUGUUCCAUACUACUGUAAGUUUAUCUGAUCCUGCUGAUAAGUUUAAGGCAUCUUUUUUUUCUUUUCUCUUUUUUUUUUUUUAUUUGUAUAUGCGUAGUGUCUUGGACUGUAAUUUAUUGUGUUUUAUUGUGAACAAAACUAUUUUCAGUCAAACUUAAACCCAAAGGAGUUUUUUUUUCUCGUCUUCUUUCUCGCUUUUGUUUUACACUGACUGAAAAUAUCUGUUGUAUGUUGCCUUUGAUUCCGAUCUUAUUGUUGGAAUAUUUGUUUAUUGUUUCAGCAUGACACUUGGCUGAGUGUACAAGUAGUGUGUUUGUGAAAGCCGCACAAACCAGGAUGGUACCGACAGGAAGUAUGUGGGUGAAUUCUUUGUUUUGUUGUUUUCCUUUAUUUUUUUCUUAUUAUUAUCAUAUUUUUCUUAUUUUUUGUUCUCACAGAGAGGUGUGGAAUGUGCAAUAUAUCGCAUACUGCAAUCUAUGCAGGCCAAGAAUUGUGGCACUUUAUUUUCUGUCUAUGGGAUUUGUAAGUGUACAGGCAGAAAUUACUUGUAUUUUUCAAAUGUUAUAUCUUUAAUAUGAGGCAAAACAGUAUUACAACUACCAGAAUCUCACAAACAAUGCAAAUGAGAAUUUGACUUUUACUUUUUCAUAUUAUAUGACUGGCAUAUGCUAUCAAGCACCUUAAUGCCAGAUAUUCAUGGACCUCAAAUUUGAUUAUCUGUGGGAAACGGGAUCCAAAUUGACCACUUUUGGCCUUUUAUAUUGCUGUUAGAUUUACAUGAAAAAAAAUCUAACAAAUGUCUGUGGAAGAUAUUAAGAUAAACUAAUUUCAAUGGCCACACACAAAGGAUUUUAUGUUUUUUGUGAAUUAACGUUGAGAAUGAUUCUAUUUUUUCUAAACCAAAAUGGAGCACGACCACAAUUUCCUGCCAUAUGGUGGUUGAAAUGAUGCGUGCCUUUUCAUAACACUGCUGUUUAUGAGAAGGCAGCAAGUCAUUUUGCUUUGUUCAUAGCACUGUACAGAAAAUUCUAAUUUUAUAGGAGAAAUCAGGUCUUUAUGUAAUAGAUACAAGUAAUGUUAUUGAGUUCUCAGGUUUUCUAUAACUCUCUGAUGUUCUGAUUGGAUAGAUUCUCUGUUUUUUCUUUAACAGCUAAUGUCAACUAGUUACUUCUGGACUUUUUUGAAAGGUGAUUUUGUCAAAUCCACAUUGAUGUCUUCGCUCCUGGAGUUAAGGAGCGGCAAUAUUUCUCCCUCCUCCUGGGUAAUCUGUGCACCACAUUCAGUGUCCACCCCCAUCAGUCUUCAGUGAGGCAGGAAGGAGCACAAGCAAAGAAGUUUGACCGUUCAGAAGUUUAAGAGCUGGGAAGUAGACAGACGACAGACCGAGUGAAGCGUCCAGCCGUCCACCAACCGGCAGGAAAAGGUCCAUACUGUCACUGAACAAAACACAUCUGAUAAUUUCCCAUGCUGACACCACUGAGUGCUCCAAUCCCUACAGCUUCAGAGGCUCUAACCCCAUGGCAAGCUCCCAGGAAGAGCGAUCAGUCGGUGAAAGGAAGGUCAGGAUACGAGCGUUAAGAGGAGAGGUCAAAUGGGGUCCGCCCACAUGGCUACAUCACAUCAGUGAUCAGUUGUGGUCCAUAUUUCCUUUUGUCUGUGUAUAUACUGUAUGCCCAGAUUAACAUAAUUUAAAAAAAGUCGGUAAUCAGAGAUUCGUGUGAGAGCUCGUGGAAGUGUCUUUCAUGUGAAAUUAUCGAUCCCUCAUUGGAAAGUCUUUGGUACCCUCCAAAGUAAAACGUCAGUGGUUGUGGUUGUUUUUUGGGGUUUUCAUUUGUCUUUUUUUUAUUUAUUUCAUUUUAUUUAAGAAGAGAGGUUAGACAAUAACCUUCUUCUUUUAUAUUUUUUUCUGUACCUGUACGCUCAAUUUAGUGUUUUAUUUUCCUUCAUCCCUUAUUUGUAGUAACCAUGUCUCUGUGUUAGCCUCGAGUAAUCCUUCAUUUUGACAGGUAGGGUAGAGAAACAAAGGAUUGAUUGGCUGUAUUCAAUUGGAAUGAUAUUUGUGUGGUUACUGAAAUGAAUUCUGUGAGCUGAUAGCGAAUGGACUGUGCUCUGUCUUACUGUCUCACAAUGGCAUUAUAAUCAUCUGUGAUGCUGUACAGAGUGGAAAGGCUGUGUCUUUAUUUUCUCUGAGAGAAUGGGUAUUGUCCGUGUCACUCAUGUGUGCUUACCAAACCUUGCUCCCUAAAAUGCAUAAAAUGUUGUUCCUUCUUAUUUCUCUGCGUAUUCUGCCUCUUACAUUUUUUUGGUUUUUUGAUCUCUUUUUCUCCCUGUUCAGCAUUGGAGAACAUUAUCAUUAGACAUAAUCUGAGCUACAGACUGUUUCUGUACAAAGCAGCAACAUCUUUGUAUGCAUGUAGUAGUCCGAACAAUUAUGUGACCACAGAACACUUUGUUAUGGUACAUGUAUGUCAACAUUUCUGUAGAGCAUUGUUCCCCAUUACGUCUAUUAGCAUAUGCAGAAUAACAAAUAAAUGUGUAUAUAACUCG